AUGAUGCAAGAUCAGAGUUUCCGGCACAUUCCGGCAAGAUCAAGUGAAUUCCAGGAGAAGGGGAAGGUUGAGAUCGAUAUUGGUUUGGCCUUGGUGCUGCGAAACUCACGCACCACCGCAUCAGGUGAAACUCAAAAGACCUUUGCCGAUCACCUUUAUACAGCUCUGUUACAUGCAGGAAUACGCACAUUUAGGGAUGAUGAUGGAGUUAGAAGAGGCGACCAUAUCUCAAUAGAAUUGAUAAAGGCAAUCAAAGAGUCGAGUAUUUCAAUAAUUGUCUUCUCGAAAAACUAUGCAUCUUCAAGAUGGUGCCUUGAUGAACUGUUAAAGAUUAUGGAACGCAAGAAGACUGUUGGUCAUAUGAUAUUUCCUGUCUUCUACCAUGUGGAUCCAUCCGAUGUAAGGAAACAAACGGGAAGUUUUGCAAUAUCAUUUGCAAAACACAAAGAAAGGUUCAUGGCAGAGAUGGACAAAACGAAAGAGGAUAGAGUCGAAAAGAUAAAGAAAUGGAAGGAAGCUUUAAGCGAAGUUGAAGAUUUGGCAGGAUUGAUUUUGAAAGAUGGGUAA